AUGACACCACGUGUUAGAGGUCGAGGAGUAAGAGGAAAGGCCCCAGUUUUAACAAGAAAUGAUCAUGAAGCCGGGCCAUCCCACCGGCGAACACCUUCAGCGACCCUUACCUCUAGUCCCCAUGAGGAUUGGAGAACUUAUUUAGAGCCUGCGAGACGCUCUGUCUCACUCAGUUCCUCCCCGUCUUACCAUCACUCGUUCGGACCUCAACAAGACGAGGAGCACCAAGAUUCGCAUCGUUCAUUCAUCCCGUUGCAGCGAUCGGGUUCGGGCAGUUCCUUCCCGAACCCGACACCCUUUUUUCAAAGUCGGUUCAAUCCGAUGAACCAAGUUCAAGAACAAGAGGGUCCAAACCCUUUGGGGCCAGCUGAUCAUUAUCCUAAGAUGCAGGAUAUGGAGAUGGACAAGGAUCCAGAUCCCGAGCUACCACCGACAGGGAUGCCGACACAUCCCAUCGAAAUAUCUCGCAAAUCAUCAUUUCAUGGUUCGCCUUAUAGCGGCCCUGACAUUUUUGUUGAAAGAUGGGCCACAUACAAGUGGGAGUACACUCCCCCUCACAACCCACCUCCACAACAGCAGCAGGAUCCCUCAGAGGAUCCGAAUUUUCAGGCGGUCACGCCGCCACCAUCGCCAGCACUAGAGCAGCAGCUGCCUCCAGAUCCACCAAGGCGAAGAAGAACAGGUGCACGGAUGUCUGUGCGUGGGGGUUUCCAUUUCAGCACCCCCUAA